UUUGAUUUUACAACAAUUUCUCCGAAUUAAGAAAUUAUAUCAAAAUGCAACUUUCCGAAGAAUCCAAGGAGCGCAUUGGAAAGCUCAUUGACUAUUCCCGUGUUGCUAUCCAUUAUGGCUACCUCCCAUUGAUCCUCUACCUUGGAUACACCCGCAGUGAACCACGCCCAUCCAUCGUCAGACUCCUCUCUCCUCUCGCAUAAGUUCUUUAUAAAGAGUCACCAAACGGAAAUGUUUUACCAGUCGUCGAUAUGGUUGUGGAGAUUCACGGAAAGGAACUGCGAGGCAGAACUGGGUUAUAGACGGGACCACUGGCAUUAACCAGAGAACGAUAUGACGGUUGUAGCAUACGAGGCGUUCAUGAAAUAAUGAAAUGCUCAGGGAGCUUAUGUUUAUGGUGGAUACAUACCAUACGAAGAUAAUUGUACAAUAGCGCAAAAAGCGCAAUCACCACUACGAAAUCAAAACCAUUGCCUGUCUCCAGUUCUAA